AUGACAUUCAAAGGCAAAAUAAGAUUGAUGGUGAAUUUGGAACGAUUCAUCAAUGCGGGUAUGCUGCAUAAAGGAUAUUACUAUAUAAGAAUUGAAGUAAACCCACGAGAGCAAUGCUGCAUUCAACGCGGUAAUUUUUCGUCUACUUCCUCUUCAUCAACACCAACCACCACCACAUCAAGAAAAAAGUCUUCUUCAAUCGGAAGUAAGGAAGAGUCAAAAUUCCGGGACCAGUUUCAAAUCAACUCUUUUGUCUUAAAUUCUUCAACUGAAGGAAGACAAGGAAAAUACGAUGCCAAUCAUGUACAUAAUAACUCUGCAUCGGAUUUUUCAGUUCGAUUUGUGGACUCUAACGCCAUUUUGAACAUGUCUCAUCCCUCAACACCACAUCAAAACAAUACUAGAAUUGAUAUGAUGAUGAAUGAACAAUUGAAGGAGGAUUCUAGAAAAGUUUACAACAACUCGAAACAAUCUCAUGUAUUUUAUAUUAGAUAUAGAGAGCAAGAAGUGAUGCUCUAUGAAAUUAUUAUUUUUGAUAUCUCUGCUGAUAUGUCGACUCUAUUGAAGUAUAAUUUAAUUGACAUUGAUUUUCAAUUGUUUCAUUUACCAAAAGAUAAGGAAGGGAUACAAAAGGAAGAAAAGAAAAAUGAAAGAAUGAAACAAUAUGAAUAUCAGGUGAAACAAUUUGAUAUCAAUGAUUUUGUUAAAGUAGCUGAUCGAUCCAUUACCAUUCGAAAAGCAAUUAGAGGUUUUAAUUUAUACUAUCCUGCUGUUUUUGAAAAUUGGUAUUACAGCAUUUUAAAAUCUUCCAUUCAUGUCGUGUUAUUUGAUGUGUCUUACAAUUCUCUUCCACCACGAAGAUUGAAUCAUGAUCCAAUGUUUUUGAAGAGUGGCAGUAAUAACAACAGUGGUGGUGGUGGUGGUGGUGGCGGAGCAAGUUGUACCUCACACAUACAGGAUUCUACUCUUGAUCAAGAAGGAAAUGAAGAGAUUCUAUUAGAUGAAACAUGGUUCUCUUCAGUGUCAUCUUUUGAGAAAAAUCUCAUUCUCUACCUCAAAGAAUUGUAUCCAAAUGUUCUUGUUCGAAACAGAUCAUGGAAUCGAUCGAGUGUUAUUUCUCAUAGUAUUGAGUUUGCAAGAGAGAUUGCCACUUGUUUAAUGGGUUCAAGAGAAGCACUUUCCUAUCUUUUGAAUGAUAUGAAUUUUGAAAAAAAGAGAUCAAAGACAUCAUUGCUUUCCUCUCUUCGAAGAAAAUCCUUUUCGGAUGUUUCAAAGAAUGGAUCAAGUGACAACAACCUCACACCCAAAUUGCCUCAUUCAUCCAAACCAUUUCUUUACAACUCAUCAAGCUCUAAAUUACUGCAAUUGAAACCUGUUGAAACUCUACAUGAAACUUGUUCCUCUCGAUCCUUACAUUCCAAUCCUUAUCCAAUCAAUGAAAAAAAACAAAAUAGAGAAGUUGAUUCCUUUGUAAGAACAUUGAAUCAAAAAAUUGAUAACACAAUCACUGAUUUUGAUCUUAUUCCAGAUGUCAUUAGUGGUGAAUUUAAACCUUUAUUAGAGACCAUUGAAGAUUUGUGGAAAACUCAACAAAAAUUAAUUGCUGAUCAACCAAAAGUUGUUUUGGACAAGUUAGAAAAAUUCAUGUUAGAAAGAAUGGGAAAAGCUUGGAGUGGAGAGAAUUUGACCUCCUCAUCAGAAACUAUUAGUGAAUGCAACGAUGCAAGUCCAACACAAGAUCAAGAUCCAAAAACUCUAAUCCACUCGAUCAAUAAUCUCAUAGAUACUUCCAUGUUCUUUUAUCCAAGAUUUUCACCAUUUAGUUUAAUUUCAGAAGUUUCAGAACCUUCUGAUCAUGAACUUUCUGUAGCUGACAUUAUGGGUGAUGAACCAUUAGAACCAAUCUUGUUUCCACAGAAAGAGGUUGAUCGUUCUCAAGACAGUACCGAGAAUUUACCAAAUAAUGCUCUUCUUAGAAAUGGAAUUCAAGCACAACUUAGUAAGAACCAUUUAAUUGGUAAGUAUUGGAAUAAUAGGGAUGGAUGGUUUUUAGUGUUCAUUCUGAUUGCACAUUUAGUUUUCAUUCCAGGAUACAAAUCAAGUCACUAUGAUUUUGUGACCUUCAAGACAAUACUUUCAAUGCAUUUUCAUGACGAUAAGCAUCAAUUUUUCAUUGUCAAAUCUCUAGACAAAUUACACUCCAAAGAGUUACAUAAUUAUAAUAAUUCAUCAAUCAAAACAAUGGCUAAACUUGUGACCGAUGAAGUGAAUACAUUUAUUAAUGAUAGUGAACUCUUUUUUCAUAAGAUUAGUUUUGUGUGUCACUCACUUGGUGGAAUUAUUCUAAGAACUGCGUUUUAUCAUUUUCGUUCAGAAUGGAGAGCAGUCUUUCCAUAUCUUUAUACAUUCAUGAGUCUAUCUGUUCCUCAUUUGGGUAUUGGACCUAUUAAAAAAUUGAAGAGCAAAGAAUCAGAAUAUUCGAAUCGUUUGGUGAGGGCUGGAAUAUGGUUUUUAAAAUCUCUAAAAGGAGAAAAGUGUCUUCAAGAAUUGGCAAUGGAAGAUUAUGAUGAAAAAGCAUGCACUGGAAAUGCACACAAGUUAGAACAGUGUUUACUCUUUCAAUUGUCCAUGACCAAUGAUUUGGCAUGGUUCAAACAGGUGAUUCUCAUUGGUUCUGAACAAGACACCUAUGUUCCUGUUGAAUCUGCAUUGAUCUAUUAUGAGUCUAGUGCCAAACCACUCAUUCUGACCAAAAAGAAAACAUCUAAAAGUAUACUCUCAAGAAUGAUUUCGAAUCUGUCAGACACUUUUGCAAAUACCAAGUUGAUUCGAUGCAAAUGUGAUAUGACCUAUCUUUUUAAGAACUCGAGCUCUCCCGAGAAGAAGGAGUUUAUUUCGACUGUGCAAGUGUUCAACAAAAAACAACAAACCAACACGAGUGCGAUGGAAGAGAUGUAUGAAGAUGUUUCCUCAUUUGGGGCUGUAUCUUUUAGGAGAAAAGAAAGUAGCGAAGAUAGUAGUGAAGAUGAGAAAGAGAGUGCUUUUGACGGUUCAAAGAAAAAGAUACAACCUCAAUCUUUUGUAGACCGAAUGACCAAAAAGAUGAAUCACACAGCCUAUUUGAAUCAUGUUGGAUUGAUUAAUGGAAUUUGUUGUGCAUUUCGACAAUAUUUGGACUAA